AUGUAUUUAUACUCGGCUAUGCAAGAAAAUGAUGAAAACUUACUUGCUGAGUUGUCGGAUCCUUAUUUUGUCACAUUUUCUCAACGACAAAUAGUCACAGGUCUUGAGGAGGAUGGGCUUUUAGAAGAUAGUGAUGGUAAUAUAGUUGAUAAUGAAGAGUAUACCGAAGGCUUGAAUAAUAUUGUCGACAAGUUAGAACAACUGCAAGUAAAUGAAAAAAAAAGUAGAGGAAGGAGAGAUAGAGUGAGAGAUGGUAGGGCAAGGGGAAAUAGAGCAAGAAAAGAUAGAGCAGGAGAAAAUGGAGCAAGGGGACAUCGAAGUAGAGGUGGAAGAAAUAACACAGCUUUGAACAAAAUCGAAAUCUCAGCACAAUUACCUAUACCUCAUUUUGUUCCAUUAGAACAUAACUUACCAUAUUACUGA